AUGGAUCAGUGGUUAAAAAGGAUUAGUAAAGCAACAACAUCCAAAGAAGAUACAGAAAAAGAUGAACUUGCAAAGGAACAAUCUGCAACUAGUUCAAAAAACAUGGAAUAUGUUCCCUCUUGUUCUGAACGGCAGCCAGGCAAAAAGAAACGCAAGUAUGAUCCUCAGUAUUUGUCAUAUGGCUUUACUAGUACUGGUGAUGAAGAAGCCCCAGACGCCAUUUGUAUACUUUGUCACACAAGAUUAGCUAACAGUUCGUUGGCACCAGCAAAGUUGCAAAGACACAUGGAGACCAGGCAUAGUGUCUAUAAAAAUAAGGAUAAAUCUUUUUUUGAANUUCGAAUAUUGGUUCGAUUAUAG